AACAAGCUGCAGUUGCUACGAGAAGAUGACAACAUGGCAACGCAGCCAUGUUUGCAAGAGUGUGGGACUCCAACACCACCAAAUUCAAGCAGCUCAGACUUGAAUUUGUCUGAGCUUCAGACAAAUGACUUCAGAAAGCGAGCUGACAAGAGAUCCCUUUGGACUUCUCCAGCCCACCAGAGAAGGGGAGGGGACAUUCACUCUGAAGAUUUAAAAAGGUGCCCCCAAACCCUUAGGUCUUGUGACACAUUAUUCCAAGAAACGAAGACUGAAGAUUUGCUACUUCAAUAGGUAUGAAGGGACUGCGUAAACUGACAGCACCUGCAAUGGCACUGUUCCUUACAGUGUCCUUCCUGUCUUCUUCCUGGAGUGCUCCUCAGGCUCAUUUCCAAAGGAGAAACUGGACUCCUCAGGCUAUGCUCUAUUUGAAGGGUGCACAGGGACGUCGAUUCAUCUCAGAUGAGAGCCAGCGAAAGGAUCUGUAUGGCAGAAUGCAGCUUGAAACACGCAGCCAAACCACAAAUCCUUUAUCUCUUUCUGAAGCUGCAGCAUUGUUCCUUAGUUCAUUACGGAAGGCCCAAGAAGUGGAAGAAGAAAACAGUGAUCACACUGGCUACCUGAUGGAUAAUCUAUCAAACUGGUGAAAUAUUUGAAAUUUCUUUAACAUUUGUAUUCCAUCCACCCUGAAACCAUUAUCUGUGUAAACAGUGUUUAAUCUCCACUUAAGUGCCAAAAAGUUGAUGUAUAUAUUCACUGCAACAUUUUGAAUUUCAAACUGAUUAAAAUUUACCAGUUCAG